CAGACGGACAGAAGGAGGGCUGGACAGAAGGGGUCAGGUUUCUCGAAGCAGCUGGAGGUCCUGGCAGUCUGGAUCCCACCUUGAGAGCCUACAGGCAAUGCGCACCCAGCUCCGGAGGACAGAGGCCUGUGAGCUCCCCCGUCGCCCGCCCGCACACCCCGCGGCCAGCCUCUCCGCACCCAUCGGGCGGUCUGCUCCUCCUCUGGUCCAAGAGCUUCGGGAGGGGACGAGGCACCACAUCCUCCACGUUCUUCCAGACCGCGCUGGGCUGACCCCCCACCAUGCCAGACCCGCUCAGUCUCUGCCACUUCCUUCUUCCCUGGGCUCUCGCCAUCUUCCACAAAGCGCUGGGGGACCUAGCUACAAGGUGCGCUGGAGCAAAGUGGAGCCAGGGGAGCUGCGGGAAACGCUGAUCCUCAUCACCAACGGCCUGCACGCCCGGGGCUACGGGCCCCUGGGGGGGCGCGCCAGGAUGCGGAGGGGGCAUCGGCUGGACGCCUCCCUGGUCAUCGCGGGCGUGCGCCUGGAGGACGAGGGCAGGUACCGCUGUGAACUCAUCAACGGCAUCGAGGACGAGAGCGUGGCGCUGACCCUGCGCCUGGAGGGGGUGGUGUUUCCGUACCAGCCCAGCCGCGGCCGCUACCAGUUCAACUACUACGAGGCGAAGCAGGCGUGCGAGGAGCAGGACGGGCGUCUGGCCACCUACGCGCAGCUGUACCAGGCGUGGACCGAGGGCCUGGACUGGUGCAACGCGGGCUGGCUGCUCGAGGGCUCCGUGCGCUACCCGGUGCUCACGGCGCGCGCCCCGUCCCUCGACCUCCUUACCUCCAGCCUUCCCGGCCUGCCCCUCCUGCCUCACUGGCUGGCCACGCGGCGGCCAGCGCUUGAGAGUCCUGUGUACCUCCUCGAGCCACCUCCCCGCUGUCACUUCCCCCGUCACCUCCCCUGA